UAGAGAUCUACGUUUAAAACAGAUUGAAGUCUCAUUGUAGUUCCAGUGUCUUUAUAGGGAGAUGAUGAAAUCAGUUUAUGAAAACUCGAUAUUUGCAGCACACAGCAGUUCAGCUGAUCUAAACGGCAGCACGGACUCGUAUGAAGAUAUCUACGCGAAUGAAGAUGUAAUAGAAAUGCGAGUGACCAGAAGCAAUAAAGAGACUAUGACUUCAGAACCAAACACCUCAGGACAUAGAUGCUACAGACUGGCUGUGGUGUGUCUGCUGAUGCUGAUUGUUCUUCUGCUGGCUGCCAUUGCAAUACUGUGGUUCAAGCUGACUACAGAGAAAGACCAAAUACAGACUAGUUAUAACAACAUGACUACACAGAGAGACCAGUUACAGACCAGUUGCAGCAACCUGACUGCUGAGAGAGACCAGUUAACGACCAGUUACAGAAAGCUGACUGCUGAGAGAGACCAGUUAACGACCAGUUAUAAAAAAUCAGCUGAAGAAAGAGACCAGUUUCUGAGGAAGACAGAAGAACUCCAGAACAGGAUUUCUCAACUGAAGAGAGACAUUAACACACCAGGAUGGAAAUAUUUCAGCUCCAGUAUUUACUACAUCUCUACUGAGAAGAAGAGCUGGAGUGAGAGCAGACACGACUGCCAGGGAAGAGGAGCAGACCUGGUGAUCAUAAACAGCAGAGAGGAACAGGACUUUAUGGAUGUGUGGAGAAGAGGUGAGGCGGGUUGGAUUGGUCUGACUGACAGAGAAAGGGAAGGGGUCUGGAGAUGGGUGGAUGGUACACAACUGACCAGUGGGUUCUGGGGUAAUGGAGAACCCAAUAGCAAAGGUGAUGAGGACUGUGCUUUAUCUGGCUAUUGGUCUAAAUCUGCUCCGAAUUGGGUUGAUAUUUCCUGUAAUGACCGGUAUGUCUGGAUCUGUGAGAAGAACAUUUCGAGCUGAAAUGUGAUAUAUGAAUGAAAUUGAUUUCAGGUCAUAAUUUUUCUUAAAUAAUCUGAUGUUUGUAUUGGUGGAGAGAGAAUAAAACUCUUAGCUCUUUAUGCUAAUACAUUUUCUUUUACAUUUACAUAUUUCUACUUUAAUGGAUAAUGUUAACCUUGUAAAAUCUGACUUUAUUCAUUU